CUGUUGGUGAAGUAAAUCUGGAUUUGAAGAAUUCAUCAAGCCUAGAGUUAAAAAAUACGCCUGAUGUGCUCAUACUUCCUUCCAAAUUGAAAUAUUUUGCUAAAAUCAUUGAUCAAGUUGUUUGUAUUAAUCCUGGAUAUCUUUGUAAAAGUCAUGCGGGUGGAACAUAUGCAAAAAUAACCAUUCAUCCGUUCCCAAAAAACUUAACGCAAGGGAAUGACACAGAGAAUCUAGUUUAUCAAAGAACAAGA